AUGGGGUACCAAACAAUACUUGUGCUGAUUACUUUUGUGAGUGCAAGCAUUCUAAUCUUCGUCCCUAGGUUAUUCAACCAAACCUCAUCAUCUACAAAACUUCCACCAGGGCCACGUCCAUUUCCUAUCAUAGGAAACAUCUUGAAACUUGGCACAAAACCACACAAAGCACUCACCAAACUCUCUACAAUUUAUGGACCUAUUAUGACAUUGAAACUUGGUAGCAUAACAACCAUAGUCAUAUCCUCUCCUCAAGUAGCCAAACAAGUAUUGCAUGAAAAUGGCCAAAUCUUUUCUAGUAGGACAAUCCCACAUUCAGUUCAUGCACUUAACCAUCACAUAUAUUCUAUUGCGUGGCUUCCCCCAUCACCUCAAUGGAGGAACCUUAGGCGAGUUUGUGCCACAAAAAUAUUCUCCCCACAAGUGCUAGCAUCCACUCAAAUCCUUCGCCAACAAAAGGUUAAUGAAUUAUUGGAUUUUGUGGAAGAAAGAUGCAAGAAAGGUGAGGUCUUGGAUAUUGGUGAGGCUAUCUUUACAACAAUCCUUAAUUCCAUUUCAACCACUUUAUUCUCUAUGGAUUUGUCUAAUUAUACAUCUGAAAAGUCUCAUGAGUUCAUGAACAUUAUUCGGGGUAUGAUGGAAGAAAUUGGAAGGCCUAAUAUUGCAGAUUUCUUUCCCAUUCUUCGUCCACUUGACCCCCAACGUGUGCUUGCAAGGACGGCCAAUUAUUUUAACAAGUUGUUUAAGAUUAUUGAUGAGAUUAUUGAAGAAAGAAUGUCUUCAAGAGCUUCAAAAUCUGACUCCAAGGUGUGCAAGGAUGUAUUGGACUCGCUUCUUCACAAUAUUGAAGAAUCUGCUUCUCUGCUGAGUCGUAAUGACAUGUUACAUUUUUUUCUGGAUUUACUUGUUGCUGGGAUUGACACAACAUCAAGCACAGUGGAAUGGGUUAUGGCAGAACUACUACACAACCCAGAUAAAUUGGCAAAGGCAAGAAAAGAGUUACAUGAAGUAAUUGGUAAAAAUGUAACAGUUGAAGAAUCAGAGAUGUUAAAGUUGCCAUUCUUAGGAGCAGUAGUGAAGGAAACUCUUCGCAUGCACCCAUCAGGUCCUUUUUUAUUACCCCACAAGUGUGAUGAAAUGGUAAGCAUAUGCGGCUAUAAUGUGCCUAAAAAUGCACAAGUGUUGGUCAAUGUCUGGGCCAUGGGACGAGACCCAACCAUUUGGGAGUAUCCGAAAUUGUUUCUGCCUGAAAGAUUUUUGGAAUGUGACAUUGAUUUUAAAGGUCGUGAUUUUGAGCUCAUACCCUUUGGGACAAGCAAAAGGGUAUGCCCAGGAUUACCAUUAGCUCACAGGACAAUUCAUUUAAUGAUAGCAUCCCUUGUACACAAUUUUGAAUGGAAGCUAGCUGAUGGGUUAGUGCCACAACACAUGAACAUGAAGGAGCAAUGUGGAAUAAGCUUAAAGAAGCUCCAACCUCUUAGAGUUCAAGCUACUCCAAUCAAACACGACUAGUUAUAUAUUAAUGUGUACUUAGAUAUAUAUGACUUCUCAUUGGAUGUCAACAACAAAUAGAAAAAUGAUAUGGAGUUAUACUUGUGACAUGUAUUAUACAUAUGUACUAAGCUUGAGCUUGAUUUGUUUAGUAAAUUUUUAACUAAAUUAUUUUUCACUUUAUCAAUAUAUA